UACUGGCGGAGAGACUCGCAGAAAGAGAGACGGAAAGAGGGGGAACCUGAGGGAGAGCAACCGCUAAACGGAACGGGAAUCCAAGUUUUUACACUUGACCCGUCUUUUUAAGUCUUUUUAUGUUUGUUUACCUCAUCGUUUUUUGACUACCGGAGACGAGAUACUGACUUUGUCUGCGUGUAUGUGUGUGUGUGUUUUUUUUUUUAAAUUUUUAACUCUAUCGCCGACACUGAAACCUCGUUUGUUUUGGAUUAGCUAGCUAACGUUAGCUGUUUUUCCCCCAGCAGCUAACGUUAAUCUGAGAAAAAGAAACGGGCGGCGUGGUGGAGAGUUUUCUCACUUCCCUAGCAACGUGCAGGUUUAACGGAGCCGUUAUUUUACCGUUUUUUCUUCCUCCUCCUUCAACGGCGGAUGGGAAACAAGUAACGUUUUCCUCCCCAAGUUUCCCUUCUUUGUUUUCUUUCUCCCGUUUUGUCGUUUUAUGGGUGUUCAUUCGUUUGCGGCGUGGUGGUCAGCGGGGGUGAAGGAGUUCAGAGGAAGGUCGUAGUGGGGAAAGCUGUGUGUCGCUGCACGUUUUUCCUGCACGUAGCUGCUCGGAGGAGUUUCCUGGGAUGUGCUCGCAUCUGUCUUAAAAAGGGUGAGCUCCUGAGACCAUACAAGCAAACGGGGUGUUAUAAAGACCUGUGGACUUCAAAGGAGAAAGCGCAAAGCUCGCCAACUCCCGUUCUUGGCUCUGCGUUUGGCGAUAUCCAUAACUUCAGCUCAUGUCGGCUGGAGGAGCACAAGAGGAGGCUGCUUUUUAACGAAAGGAAAAAUACUUCUCAGCAGUUGCUUUUUGAAGUGGGUCUUCCCUCAUUUGGAGCUGUGCAUUACAGAGAAAUGAGCCCGGGGCCAGUGGACCUCCUUCGGGGACCUCCAACACCAGCCCCCCUUCCAUGCGUGUAGGAUAUUAAUAAUAAUAGUUAUUUCUCUCUUGAUUCACUGGAGCACCAAAAUCAAACAGAUGAACGUGGACUGUCGCCUUCACUUAUGGAAAAUGAAGAUCUUUACUCGCACAUGUGUUGCCAGAACCCAAGAUCACGUUAUUUAGUGGUCUACAUUUUUUCCAGGGCUCACAUAUAUCACAAACUUGGCUGGGAAGAUACUCAUAAAUUUACUACUCCCCCCCGGUUUGCGGGGGGCAACGUUGAAUCACUUGACUCUGCUGGACCUUAAUUUUUAAGAGUUUGUUCAAUACUUUUUGAUAUUGAAAUAAAGGACUGGAGACAAGACUGGAGUUUUUUUUUUGUUUUGUUUUGUGUCGAGAAGCUUCAAGAGGAGAGCACAACUUAUCUUCACGUCAAAAUGAGACGGUGGACGCUAAAGCUGCGAGCACAAAUUGUGUUUUUUAUCCUCGUCACCUGCAUUAUCUGCCAGUGUGGACUAAUAAACGGAGAAAUCUGCCAGAGUAAGGACAUCCGGAACAAUGUGACCAACCUCCAGUCGCUGGAGAACUGCACCAUCAUCGAGGGCCACCUGAAGAUUCUGCUCAUGUUUAAGACCAAGGCUGAGGACUUCCGAGGUCUCAGCUACCCGAAGCUGCGAGUUGUGACUGACUAUGUGCUGCUGUUCAGGGUCUACGGCCUCGAGGCUCUCGGCGAUCUCUUCCCCAACCUGACGGUGAUCCGCGGAAACAACCUCUUCUUCAACUACGCUCUUGUGAUUUACGAGAUGCUGCAGUUGAAGGAGGUGGGCCUGCACAGCCUCAUGAAUAUCACCCGGGGCGCCGUGAGGAUCGAGAAGAAUCCGGACCUGUGCUACCUGGCCACCCUGGACUGGUCCAAGAUCCUGGACUCGGUGGAGGACAACUUCAUCGUGGCCAAUAAGAAUGACAGAGAGUGUGGGGACGUGUGUCCCGGCACGGCUCAAGGUCAGACCAUCUGCCCACAGAACACCAUCAACGGACACUUCAGGGGACGAUGCUGGUCACAGAACCACUGCCAGAGAAUGUGCUUGGACAACUGUAAGCAUGGUGCGUGUAGCCUCCAGGGCCAGUGCUGCCACGACCAGUGCCUGGGCGGCUGUUCGGAGCCGGGUAAUGCAAGUAGCUGUGUGGCCUGCAGGAACCUUCAGCAUGGCAAUACCUGCGUGGACAAAUGUCCUGCUGGAUACUACGUCUUCAGGGGCUGGCGCUGCAUCAGCUUCUCCUUCUGCCAGGAGCUCCACAAUCAGUGUAGGCAGACUAAGAAGCUGAACCAGGACCGGGAGUCUGGCUGCUACGAAUACGUCAUCCACAAUGGGGCCUGUAUCCCAGAGUGUCCUUCUGGAUACACCACUAUCAACUCCACUACGUUGACCUGUUCGCCAUGUGCAGGCCUGUGUCCUAAACUGUGUGUGGGGAACAAGACGAUCGACUCUGUAACUUCAGCCCAGGCUUUGAGAGGCUGCACUGUUCUGCACGGCAACAUGAUCAUCAAGAUUCGAGGAGGAAACAACAUCGCAGCUGAGUUGGAAGCUAGUUUGGGCCAGCUUGAGGAAAUCACCGGCUACCUGACUGUUCGCAGAGCCUACGCCCUGGUCUCCCUCUCCUUCCUCCGCAAACUGCGCGUCAUUAGGGGGGAACAUCUUGAGGGAGAUACCUUCGCCUUCUAUGCGCUUGACAACCAGAACCUGCGUGAGCUGUGGGAUUGGUCAAAGCACAACCUGACCAUCCAGCGUGGUCGUAUGUUCUUCCACUACAACUCCAAACUUUGCAUGUCUGAAAUCAAAAAGAUGGAGGAGGUAACGGGAACCAAGGAGCGCAACCAAAAGAACGACAUCGCUGUACGCACCAAUGGGGACCAAGCCUCCUGUGAGACCAAGUUGCUUGAAUUCACCGUGAUCAAGACCUCAUCAAACAUGAUUAUGUUGAAGUGGGAGUCCUUUUGGCCUUUAGACUUCAGAGACUUGCUGGGCUUUAUGGUUCUCUACAAAGAGGCGCCAUAUAAGAACGUGACAGAGUUUGAUGGACAGGACGCGUGUGGCUCAAACAGCUGGGCCAUCGCUGAUGUUGAACCUCCGAACCGUUCCACGGACAACAAGAAAGCAGAGGAUCCAGGGCACCUGAUCCGACCUUUGAAGCCCUGGACCCAGUACGCCAUUAUGGUCAAAACCCAACUGUCUGCAUCUGACGAGCACCAGGUGCAUGGAGCCAAGAGCGAGAUCAUCUACGUCCGCACCAAUGCCUCCAAACCCUCUGUGCCUCUGGACCCCAUCUCCUCCUCCAACUCCUCCUCUCAGAUCAUCCUGAAGUGGAAGCCUCCCAACAGUCCCAAUGGCAACAUCACCCACUACCGCGUCAUCUGUCGUAAGCAGGCAGAGGACAGCGACCUCUACAAGUUUGACUACUGUCUCCAAGGGAUGAAGCUGCCGUCUCGUACCCCGACCCACCUGGACAGCGAGGAUGAGCAGAAGUGGAACCAGACGGAUGAGCCUACGUCAGGGGGAAGGUGCUGCGCCUGCCCCAAGACAGACAACCAGCUAAAGAAGGAGCAGGAGGAGAUCGAGUACCGCAAGACCUUCGAGAAUUACCUCCACAAUGAAGUCUUUGAGAGCAGACCGUCUCGUCGCCGACGCUCAGUGGGAGUUGCCAACGCCACCAUUCCCUCUCUUUUCCUCACCACAGCCCCCAGUCUGGCAUUAGGCUCCACAACAGCCACCCCUGAAGACGAAGACGAGGAAGGAUCCAAGGUGGAGCUGAAGGUGUUCUCAAAGGAGUCGACGGUCAUUUCCAACCUGCACCACUUCACCAGUUACAAGAUAGAGAUCAUGGCCUGCAACCAUCCGUCAGACCUCAAACGCUGCAGCAUGGCGACUUACGUCAGUGCCCGAACUAUGCCAGAGGAGAAAGCAGACGACAUCCCAGGCCCUGUGACCCACGAGAUAGUGACAGGCGAGCCUCCAUAUGUGUUUAUCAAAUGGAAUCCACCUCGCUCCCCGAACGGCCUCAUCAUCCUGUAUGAAGUGUUCUACAGGAAGGUUGGAGACUCAGAGGUUCACACAGCGUGUGUGUCACGGCCAGCCUACCUCAAGGUUGGUGGCACGAAGCUUUCGCUUGUGCAACCUGGUAACUACAGCGUGAGGGUCCGUGCCACCUCCUUGGCAGGAAAUGGCUCCUUUACAGAAACCACUUACUUCUUCAUGCCCAAUCCGGAUCAAGGUUUAAUUUGGAUUGUGAUGGGUCCAGUCAUCUGCUUCAUCCUGCUGCUGUUUGUGGGAGGUGGAGUGUUUGUGAUCUUUAAGAAGAGGCAAACAGAAGGGCCGACAGGACCUCUUAUCGCCUCCUCAAACCCUGAGUACAUCAGCACCAAUGAUGUGUAUGUUCCUGAUGAGUGGGAGGUGCCCCGGGACAAGAUCACGGUGCUCAGAGAGCUGGGUCAGGGCUCCUUCGGCAUGGUGUACGAGGGAAUCGCUAAGGACAUCAUCAAAGGAGACCCGGACACGCGCGUGGCCGUCAAGACAGUCAACGAAUCAGCCAGCCUGCGAGAGAGGAUCGAGUUCCUCAACGAAGCCUCCGUCAUGAAGGCUUUCAGCUGUCACCACGUGGUGCGACUUUUAGGUGUGGUGUCCAAAGGUCAGCCCACUCUAGUCGUGAUGGAGCUGAUGACCCACGGUGACCUGAAGAGCUACCUGCGCAGUCUCAGGCCGGACUCUGAGAACAACCCCACAGGCCGUCCACCACCUACACUGAAGGAGAUGAUCCAGAUGGCUGCAGAAAUUGCAGACGGCAUGGCCUACCUCAACGCCAAGAAGUUUGUCCACAGAGACCUGGCAGCCAGGAACUGCAUGGUGGCAGAGGACUUCACCGUCAAGAUUGGCGACUUUGGUAUGACCCGAGACAUCUAUGAGACUGACUACUACCGUAAAGGAGGGAAGGGCCUGCUUCCCGUCAGGUGGAUGGCUCCAGAGUCUCUGAAGGAUGGAGUCUUCACUGCCCACUCUGACUGCUGGUCGUUUGGCGUUGUGCUGUGGGAGAUCAGCACGCUAGCGGAGCAGCCUUACCAGGGUUUAUCCAACGAACAGGUUCUAAAGUUUGUCAUGGAUGGAGGAUACCUGGACCGGCCGGAGAACUGCCCCGAAAGGAUGCACAGCCUAAUGCAGAUGUGCUGGCAGUACAACCCCAAGAUGCGGCCGAUGUUCCACGAGAUCAUCGAGAUGCUGCGGGAGGACCUGCACCCGUCGUUCCAGGAGGUCUCCUUCUUCUACAGCGAGGAGAACAAAGUCCCUGAGACAGAGGAGUACGACCUGGACCUGGACAACAUGGAGAGCAUCCCACUGGACCCGUCGUCAUACUCCCAGAGAGAGGAGAGCUUAGGCAGGGACAGCGGGCCCUCGGUGGCCCUCAGGGGGAACUAUGAGGAACAUGUCCCCUACACACACAUGAACGGUGGCAAGAAAAACGGACGAAUCUUAUCGUUGCCCAGAUCCAGCCCUUCCUAACAUUUCCUGUUUCCUAAAAAGAACUCGUUUAACCCACCCUUCCCAUCCUUCUUUCUCUUCCAGUCCAUUUUCUUCUGUAUCAUGUUCCUCUCAUCAUUUUCUAAUGAUUUUCUUAUUCUUGGAGAAGCCCUUCAAAAAAAAAAAAGACACACAGAUCUCAGGACUUUUUAUUUUCUUCCUCAUGGCUGCCGCACACAGGCAAGCAAGAGAUGCAAACAUGGUGUAACACUUUUUUAACUUCCUCCACAACACAUCGGACUUUCUAUUACCAUAUUACCUAUCUAUUGUUUUUUUCACUAUUGCCACGUUUCCAGGACUCCUCGUGAUGGAAACACAGAUAAAAAAAAAAAAACUGUGAACACAACAAACCUUAGACAACCAAGAAGGCUGCUUUUGCUCAAUCUCCUCAAGACUUGUCCCUCCUUCUCUCCCCACCAAUCUGCAUUUCCACAUUUCUGUGCUUUGUUUUAUCUCCAAGUGAAAUCUUGUUACUCAGAUAGUGGCCUUUUUGUAUGUGGCCUAUAAACAAAGAGAAGUGUCUAUCAGCGCUUACACUAAUUUCCUUUUUUGAACAAUGACUUAAUCAGUUUGGAACGGUGGGAUGACUUUCAAAGACUUGAUCCUAGAACAAACAUCUAUUCCUAGAGGAAUGUUUUCUUUUUGUUUUCAUUUUGUUUUUGUUCUGCAGAAUUCCAAACUACACACAGAUUCAUCGGGUGUUUGGUGAAUAGUUUUAAUUUAUUUGCUUUUAUUGUUAUUUUCUCUCCUCUUUUCCUCUUCUCUUUCUCAGUUUUUUUUCUGUGUCCUCACUAUAUGGCUGAAGGAUAUUUAAACAGUUAAGAAUUGGACAAAAGAGUUCCUCAGACUGACCAAUAGCUGCUGCUUUGAUAUAUUUUAGUGGGUAUAGAAAUAUAUAAAUAUAUAUAAUAUAUAUAGUAUAUAUGGAAUAUUGGUAUUUAUGUGCCAAUAUUUUAUAUAUAAUAUAUGACAUAUUGAUGUUUUUUGUAAAUAGUUCAUAUUUGUAAUAUUUUUCAUCAGAAGCUUUGCUAGCGUUUUGUUUUGCCGGGUUUUUCUUUCUGGGUUUUUUAUUUUUAAUUCUCUUAUUUUUAUAGCCCCAGAAAUCACACUAAUCUACCAUCAGUGCUCUCUGUGUCUUAGGCCUCCUGUCCCCCGUGAGUACUCUCGCUCCAUGCGGAUGGGAAAGGAGGAAGCCCCGAAAUAUUGUCAACUCACUGCAUCAUUUUUUUUAUAAACCUUGUUCCCACUGAGAGCUGUCAAUAUUUAGAGGCAACUUUACUACUACAACAAAACAAAAAAUGAAAUAACCAAAAAAAAAAAAGAGCUUUAUAAAAGGGGAAUGAGGUCUUUCUAGGUGGAAGUGCACCUGAUGUGUUUGUCUCCGUGUCUGCUGUCUCUCUGGUCAGAUCACGCUGGAGCUGAGGUCUGUUAGUGUUUGUUAUCACAGGUUUGUUAUAUCAUUGUGAAGUUAGAGAGCGUGGAGAGCUUCGCCCGGUGAUUGUACUUCCUUAUGUUGGCGUAACAGCGAUGGCUUUUUAGUUGUGUUGGUGCUGCUUGGAUCAGGGCAGGGAGGGGAAUUAACAACAGCUAUCGGCCGAGUGCAGGUGAAGUGGAACAAUGAGGCCCUCUUUUUUUUAACUUAUUUUUUUGUCUGUUUUAUGACCAGCACUAAACAUCCUCAUGAUUUACAUCAGAGAGCGGUAGCAUUCUCUUCAUCUGACCUGAGAUCUGGCACAGGUCAGGACCUCAGUGUUAGACAGAAGGUUCUAUUAAACUCACACAUUGUGGUCCCAUCACACUGACUACGUUUACUUGCACACUAACAUGCCCUUAUUUUUCAAAAUAAGACAAUAUUCUAAAUUUGAUGUGGUCAUGUGAACAGCAUAUCCCAUUUGGGUAUCCCAUAUGGGUAGCAUAUUCCAGUUAAAGACGUGGGAUAUGCUGGUAUAAUUCAGGUUUUAGGUGGUUUUUGGUCGUUAGCAUUGUCACCUCACAGUAAGAGGUUUCGUAGUUCAAACCCUUCUGUUUGGAGUUUGCAUGUUCUCCCCGUGUCAGCGUGGGUUUUCUCCGGGUACUCCGGCUUCCUCCCGCAGUCCAAAGGUUAAUUGGUGACUCUAAAUUGUACGUAGGUGUGAAUGUGAGCGUUAAUGGCUGUCUGUCUAUGUAUCAGCCCUGUGAUAGUCUGGUGACCUGUCCAAGGUGUCUCGCCCAGUGUCAGCUGGGAUAGGCUCCAGCCCCCCCACGACCCCCAACGGGAUAAGCAGUUGAGGAAAAUGAAUGAGAAUAAGGGCAAAAAUCAGAGUAGUUUGUGCAUGUAAACGUAGUCACUGUCAUUCAGUUGGGUUCGCUCUGCACCACACGCACCACCCGCACACUCUCUGCCUCCUCACUCUUCCCGAGGCUUCCCAUUGGCUGCCCAAGUCACUGCUCAAAAUCAGGGCUGUUGGAAAUUUCCACGUUUUGUGGUUAAGGGGCUGGAGAGAAAUGCGGAAAGUUCCAACUGUGUUCAGAGUCCACAGCAGGUAAUGGAGAGAGGGGCAGUCUCUCUCUCUCUCUCUCUGUGUCUCUCUGAGAGUGUGUGAGUGAUUUGCUAAUCCUAUUAUUCUCUCUGCUAUCACAUGCAGUUAGGCGGUCAGGACACGGUGUGCAGCAGCUAUUUCACUCAGGUCUGACAUUCCAGGAUUUAGUUGGAACUGCUCGUUCCCUCACCCCCCCUCCACCCCCACCCACCCUCUGUUUUGCCUGCCUGCUGGCAAAGCUGAUACCAUCACCACACCCCAUCAGAUUCACAGCACACAUGAAAGACUUUGUUUUUCCUAUUUAGAAAUUGAAUAUUUGAAGUUUGUUUCUCCUGCCGGGAAUCAGAAACAUUCCUGUCGACCAAAUGGUCACACAAAGCUACAGAGAAGUUAGUCGUCCUCAUUGCCGACAUCUCGUCGUGUCUCUUAAGAUCAUUAAUUCACUCUGACCUUCACUCAGAACCCAAAGGCCGUCAGAGUUUCACAGCAGAUCCUCCGCUCCUCUCUCAGUGCAGUCAGUGACGUGGGAGGUGAUUGUGAGCAGACUUUUUUUUUUUUUAAUUUUUCUGGACACACAGACCGGUGUGGUUGCCAAUCCAGCCGAACAGCAUUCAGCACUUAUAGUAUAGCCAAAGUGUUGGCAGCUUUCUGUCAACAACCAGAACCCACAGAAUCAGAGUCAGAGAAAGCAGAGAAGCUGCCUCCAUAUUUUACCAGUGCCUUCUCAAACCCAGAGCCACGUCCAGGCUAGUUACAUCGGCUAGUAACACACACACUUACACACACACACACACACACACACACACACACACACACACACACAGGCCUCUGUGCUCUCUCUGUAUUUCUUCACAUGAGGCAGGAGAGGCGUAGAAAUUGAAGCUGCAUCUACAUUUGUGUUUGUAAGAUUACAACUUUGUUCUUAGCUGGAGAAGCAGAAGUCUAUGGGGCAGGGUUUUUUUUAUUAUUAUUAUUUUAUAUUUUUGGUUUCAGCUUGUUGCCAGCGUAAGGUUUGAACGCUGACGUUCACCUCGUGCUUUGGCGGUGACACUGUGGAUUGGCCAGAGUCUGUGCUGUUGUGCACUCAGAGGUGCCCGAGGUUAUGAUGUAGAUUUUAGCUAAUUAUACAGAGGAACUACAAUCUUGGGCUUUUGUACUUUGUAAAUAAUCUGUGACAUAGUUUGGAAAAUAAAAGCAGAAAAAAGGUAUAUUUAAAAAAAAAAAAAAAAAAAAAAUCUGAAGCCCGUCAGUUUUACGUACAUGACAGAAAAACGGUGGACCUCAGCUGUGUCGCAGUUCCACACUAUGUACUAAAACUAAAUUGUUAUCUUAAUACUGAACUGUUUUGGCAGUACAUCUUUGAGUGUACUUAAUUUCCCAGUACGAACACAUUACAUACUCAAAACCCAGUUAGAGUUAGUAUGUAGUAUGGAAUCGGGACACAGCUCUCAUCUCCACCUCGACCUAGGUUGCUUAUCUUGUGGUGGUGUUCACACGCAUAUGCAAUUUUUAAUUAAGAUGGUGCCCAUAUCUUUGAAAUACCAGAUAUUUAUUUUAUUAUGAUCAUUGUCAUUGUAUAAGAAGAACACAGUUAGCUUUUUAGUGGAGCGUUUUUGAGAGUGGAGCGAUGUAAAAGCCUAGUUUGUUAUUGUACAGGUGGAGUAGCUGGUGGCGAGCAGCAGGAGUUAGUUAGUUAUUUAGUUAGUUAGUGAGUAAGUAAUUGUCGUCGUCUUUGUGUUUUGGCCAGAGUCUACCUCAGUGCAUAUGGAGGAAUCAGUCUAAAGAGCCUAAAAUCAUCCCCGUCAGUCUCUCAGUAUCCCGUAAAGUCAAAUAAUAUCACUUUCUCUAACAUUACCAACACUGCUGAUGAAUUCCUUUCCCCCCUGUGGUGUAUUAACUCCCUCUGCCUCCUCUCAGUUUUCUCUUCUUCUUGUGUCCCGGGGGAAGCUGCCAUUGACCCCUGCAGUAUGUGGAUAUUGUUGGGAGCAUCAUUUUUUUGCCCUUUUCUGUUGUUAAAUGUCUUGAGUGUAAAGCUCCAGUCAUCUGUGUAGAGUCUAGGGAUAUGAUUAUUGUCCCUCUCCUCAUGAUUUUUACCCUCAGCACUUAUUAAAUGUGGAACAUGAGGCUGUAAAUUGACUUUAUCGACACACUAUCCUUCUCAUAGUUGCUAUACAGUUUAUAAAAUUACUCACAAGAGGCCUCCCCCGGGCACUGGAAGAAGCAGCAAAGCUUUGUUGUGUGUGUGUGUGUUUGUGUGUGUUCCCCUUUUCCGCAUACACCAAUCAUCUGGACUGUAUGUAGUAGCGGCUGUACUGGUUUCUGGGGAUGUGACAUUAGCAUGAGUCAAAAAAAGAGCGUCUCUUGACUGUGCAUAUCAGUGAUCACCUACAUGCAGCCACGGCUCAGCCCUGGACCCUCAUGCUUUUUUAAAAAAAAAAAAAAAAAAAAAAUCACAUCUAGACUGAACCUGUUGUCUGGCAGAAAGCCCUACUCUUCUUCUUCUUCAGUCUGUCGAUCUGUUUCUUUGUGGUCAAAACAGUUAGCUCCCACGUCUCCUCCAGUCCUUGUCGGUUGAUUUGUCUGUUUCUCUGUUCUGAUUUUUUUUGUUUUGUAUGUAUAUUUUUUCUACUGUGAAUAUCAAGAGAUGACCUUUAUUUUCUGUCAAUGCCAUGGAUCGGGUCUGUUUUGGCUGAUCAGGACACUGAUGUCUGGGCUGGUUAAAAAGUUUUAAAGAGGAGCCCCCCCCGCUCUGCAAAGGAAAAGAAAAAAAGCUGGACUGGGACAAUCCUGUGUGCCAUAAGAACUAUUAAACAGACAUGAAAUCUA